AUGGUUAAUGAGCAUUCCCAACUAACAGACACUACCAAUGCCUCCAACACGCUCAACAAUGUACAGUUAAGCCACGAUCAUGACCACCAACAUCCACAUCAACCACAUAUCUCAGCCCAUACAAAACGACUAUUAAAUAGUCGUCACAUAUCAAUGAUCUCCAUUGGAGGUAUCAUAGGUACAGGAUUAUUUAUGGGUAUUCGACAAACACUCACUAAUGGCCCCAUUAUUAGCAUAAUUUCAUAUUUGUACAUUAGUGCUUUAUGUUAUUACAUGAUUACUGCUGUUGGGGAGAUGUCGUGUUAUAUGCCACUCAAUGGAUCAUUAUGUCAAUUUCAAUUUAGAUUCAUUUCGAAUCCAGUGGGGUUGAUGAAUAACUUUGUUUACUGGAUAAGUUGGUCAAUUACACUUGGAUUGGAAUUGAGUUUAAUCUAUGAGUUACUUUGUCAAUUCAUGUCGUUUAGUCUGACGAAUAUGUUAUUUUUUAUACCAUAUUGGUUGAAAGAUAAGACAAGUGUGAUUCUCAUUGUUUGGAUGGCAUUGACUGUUGCUAAUUUAUUCCCUGUGAAUUAUUAUGGGGAAAUUGAAUUUAUUGUGACGAUAGUUAAAGUUGGAUUCAUGAUUAGUUGGAUUGGAUUAAGCCUUUGCUUGGUCAUUACAAAGAUUGGUUUCACCAACUGGUCAAAUAUUGAUGUGAUAUGGGGGAUCAAUACAAUUGAAGUGGUUGAUAAUCGCGUGGUAAAUAAAUUAGUCAAUGUGCUAUCCUCAUCGAUUGUAUCUUCUUGUUUUACUUUCCAAUCAAUUGAAUCAGUGGGAAUAUGUUCAGGAGAGAUUGAAAAUAUCAGUCAAAGUCUACCAAAAGCUAUCAAGUACAUUGUCAUAAGGAUUGUUGUAUUCUAUAUUGGAUCGUUAACAUUACUCACAUUGAUGAUUCCAAGUGAUGAUCCUCAUCUCAUUGAGGACGGUGGUAACCAAGACCUGGUUUUGUCGUCGCCUUUCGUUGUUGCAUUGAUCAAUCUUGGAAUUGCUGAAACUUCCUUUUUGAUUCAUAUUGUUAAUUUUGUCAUUUUAACAUCAAUGAUAUCAGCCGCAAACUCCAAUAUUUAUUUCGGAUCAAGAUGUUUAUUAUCCAUGGUUGAAGAGGGGUAUUUCUGGCGCAAGUUUGCUAAUACCACACUGAAUGGUGGUGUACCUGUAUAUGCCAUCAUGUUAACUUCGUCAAUUGGAUUGAUAAUUUCACUACUUUCAAAUUUUAAGAGUGCCAAAAUUUUCCUCACUUUAUCAAUAAACUUAUCGGCUACUUCGGGUCUACUCAUGUGGCUUUUCAUACUGAUUAGUUACCUUCGGUUUAGGAAAGCAUUGGAAUACAACAACAUCAACUAUUAUGACCUCGCGUACACUUCACCGUUUUGCAUACCAAUGAAACACGGUUCUUGGGUGAGUAUAGUGAGCAUUGUUGUGAUCAUCCUAAGUAAUGGGAUCACCAACGUUUGGCAAUUUAGCUGGGAUUCAUUUGCUAGUUGUUAUUUGACUCUGAUUGUUGUGGUGGUGGGAGUUCUUUAUUAUAGCCGCAAGUGGAAUGAGCUGGUAUUGAGGCCAGCAGAGGAUAUAGAUAUCCACACUGGUCAGUCACAGAGUGCAUUUAAGUAG